CUCGGCAGCGCGGUCCUCGCAGUACCGCGGCAACCCUCAAGCUAAAAGCAUCGUGUUCGACUCUCGACAGUGACCCGCGCGUGAUACGUGUCGUGAAACGUGAGAACCUCCUUCCCUUUUCGUUCUCGUUCGCUCGCGACCAAAUUCGUGCUCGUCCCGUGCCAUCUCUGUCUGUCUGUCUCUCUCUCUCUUUAUCUCUUUCUCUCUUUCUGUCUCUAUCUUUUUCUCUUUCUCGGUUUCUCUCUGUUUCUGUCCUUCCCCGCGGCAUACACCGUUCGUGUUUUCGCGCGCGCCGGAAACUGGUGAUUCUUCGUGGGCCGAACACUCACGUCCAGCGAACGAUCCAUCGCGACGCGAUCGCCGCGAGUUACCACCGGGCUGUGUGUGAUAUGUGAGUGUGUUCGUUUCUCGGCGUUUCGUCUCCACCGCCGACGAUCGCAGAGACUGGUCGAGAGACAGCGAACAGGGACUUACGCGGCUCGGCGAAGAUGUUCCGCGGUACGUGGCUGCAGUGUUCGACGCUGCUGUUGACGCUGCUAGGGACGCGGCUGGUGUUCGUGGUCGCCCAAUGUGGAUCGUUCGGCCAGGACAGAUUGGAAAAAGAGGACAAACAGGAUAAGCUGGCGCUGUAUAAAGUCACUUUAAGGACUUACUGGUCGAGGGCGCGAUUUCCACGGCACUACCCGGAAUGGAAGCCGCCAGCUCAGUUCGGCAAGCUGAUCGGCCGAACACACGACUCCACCUACACUCUAUACAGACUCGGAGAGCGGCUGUCCAGCGGUGCUAGAUUGUACGUGGAAACCGGAAGGACCGACGGUCUGGAUGCCGACGGCGACUCCCCUAACAGCCUGCACUCGUUUGCCGGGCCACCGGUGCCCCAAGGGGAAGGCACCAGUAUCUCCAGAGCAUUUUUGGACGGCAAUCACACUCUGAUCAGCAUCAUGUCGCGUAUCAACCCCAGCCCCGAUUGGUUCAUCGGCGUGGACUCCUUCCAAUUGUGCGUCGAAGGGAACUGGGUGGACACUGUGACCGUUGAGCUGGACCCGCUGGAUGGAGGCACGGAUAACGGGUUCACAUUCACGGCUGCCAACUGGCCGACCCAGCCCCAAGGAAUCGCCUACAGGAUCACCUCGCGGUACCCGGCGCAUCCUGCUGGAAGCUUCUACUAUCCGAACCUGCCGCGGCUGCCGCCCAUCGCCACCCUCACCUUCACCAAGCUGCGCGAGUACACGCUGACGGAAACGUAUCACGAGGACGACGUCGAGGUCGAGUUCAUCAGCAACGACAAUCUACUUGGGAACAGCCCGACCUCCAGAGGGAUCGAUCCGAACCGGGACCUGAACGAGGCGAUCGCCGAGGAGCGGAAGGAAAUGGACACUCAGCGAUACAGGUACUGGACGACGACCGGAAGCGGGCAGGGGGUGACGGAGGUUCCCCGGGACAACAAGGCGGCCAUCUUGGACAGCAUCGCGUCGUUGUACGCGAUGGAGAGGACACGGCUCGCCCCGACAGCCGGCCCGAAGCUCUCGAGAUACGACGGGAAGACCAACUGGCCGUAUUACCAGAAGUACAGGCAGACGGCGGAGGCGCAGAAGGCACAGAUCUUCGAGGACAUACAGAGGAAGAUGGCGAACGGGACCGGAAGUAACAGUCUGGCCGGCCGGCCGUGGAACGCCACCGAGAACGGCGGCAGCCAGCGUCAACACAGGCUCAGGAUGAAGCAUCACCGGCUGACGUCCAAGGGGAAACGUCUGAGAUCGCGUCCUCCCAGAGACUGCAAGGUGGGCGAAUGGGGCCCGUGGAGCGCCUGCAGUCGCAGCUGCGGGGUCGGCGAGACCCAGAGGACGCGGAAGAUCACGAUAAAGCCCCGCCGCGGUGGAUCCUCGUGUCCGCCGUUGAAGGACACGAAAUGGUGCGGCAGCAAGAGCCCCUGCUCCGACAGCAAAUCCAUCGUCGACAGCUACCAAUGGUAGUCGCGGUCGUCGGCGAAGCGAUCCCGUGACAGCACGUGGUCCACCGAGCCGAGACGAGACGAGACGAGACAGGACGAGACAAGAUUCGACGACCCGAGCAUCAGCGAGUCCGGGGCCCGCGGGCCCCGAGCGACACACCUAGGCGAGAAUCGAGCGAGGGAUCGUCAUUAGUGAUCCGCUAGAAUGCGUCAAUAACGUUUAUCGUAGAGUCGUAGCACCAGGGACUUCGCGAACCGGACGAGAAAGGCGGCUGCGUUCUCCAAAGAUAUCUUCCAAAGACGGUGGCAAAAAGAGAGAGAGAGAGAGAGAGCCCUUUUUUUCGCGUUCGCGAGCGGAGGAUUCGUCGGCGAAUGGUCGCGAAUAUUUUGUAAUAGUCAUGAAGAGUGGAUGCAGGUGUGGAUUCUGUAGCGACUGUUCGCUGGAGGGAACCUGUCGACCUUCGUUUCGAUCUGUUGGGGAUCGUUCGGGAUUCGUGCAGCUUUGCUUCUGAAACGAAAUUGUUCAAAAUCGUACGCAACGGCACGUCUUGGUGUGCGAACGAAAAACGUCACACGGUUUCCCCGGGGCGAUCCGAUAGAUAGGCGACGACCAUCGACCGGUACAAUUGUCUCCGAAACUUUCGAGGCCUGAAUAUCCUCUUCGCAUCAUCGAUCGGCGAACGAAAAAUCCGAAAUCCCGAUGAUCGAGUUUUCAAUACGAUUCACGAAACUUCGCCGCUGUACAGAAUCAUUGAUAAUUAUUCGAACUACCAACAAGCUUUUUAACGGAAUAAUUAGAGAUUUUUCCGAGGUACGUUUACUUAAUACGUGGAGGAAAAAUCGGAACGCAGAACGGACGAUGAAAGUCUGAAGAAAGAAAGAAAACUGAUUAAACAAUUAAUAGAAAAAGAUAAUCUGAUUAGUGAUUAAUGAUUGCAUAUUCGUUAUUGUAAUAAUAAUAAGGCAAAAACUAAUCUGAUUAAUGAUUUACGAUUAUAAUACUUUAGUUAUUAUAACUAAUUUACAUCUGAUUCAUGAUAAUUUAUGACAGCUGACGAUCGUUAAUCACUGACAAGACCGAGGAUUUUAUGCUUUUAUAACGAAAAUUAAUAGCUGGAACACAAAACAGUGACAUUAUCAGAAUAACUCAACAAUUCGAUUAUUAUUAUUAUUAUUAUUAUUAUUAUUAUUAUUAUUAUCAUGACACAAUUUAUUAUUUAUAAAUCAUUAUAGUUAUCCGAGACAGGAACGAGCGUCCAUGCAGUCGUUGUUUCUUGCAAUCGAUGCGCAAGAUUUUCAUUUCGCAUAAAUAUCCGCAGUCUAUUAAUCAGAUUGCUUUUCGCCCGGCAUUCUGGCAGAAGUCCUCCAAAUUUCAGUCUAAUCUCACGCGGCGCUUUUUCAAUUUGUAAGUAGAAUUCAGUCGGACGUUUAGCGCGUUAAGCACCGAGAAACAGAAGAAUUACCGGUCGCCGCGAACGUCUUAAAUCCUUCGAAUAAUUCUCAGUGGCCACCGCGCGUCGUUGCCGCAAAACUUCUAAAAGCGUUCGUGAAAAGAUCCGCGGAUUAUCCUUUCGGGCCGAAGAGCGAAUUCCCGGCCCGAGAGAUCCUGUGAGAGAAACUCAUGCUCUCGGACGUCCCGGUUCGUUCGCGCGAGGCACGAGGGAGAGAAAAAAAAAGAGAAGAAAGGAGGCGGCGAGGAGGAAGAAAGUGGAAAGAGAAGCAAAGAAAAGCCCGGAGUUUUCCUGGGGCCACGAAAAAUCGCCGGCAAUUCCCCGGGGCUGAAGCGUUGAACGCAAUUAGCCCAUUCGACUCGCGCCAGGGAACAUCGUGUGUCUACGUCUCCGGCGAGAAACCGGUGGAGCCCGAUCGAUCGGAAAGUUUCCGAAGGAAUUUCAAACGGCUGGCUCGCGCGACUCGAUCGACCAGUCUUACCAGGAAUUUGUCCGUGUUCCCCGGUUCCUAUCCCACGUUCGCCCCGGCGAAUUACGCCCGCGGAAACCGUACGUAAAUUUCUGAUGGAUCGCCGCGAGCCCCGGGCGUGUCUCCCCGCGGAGCACACGCGUCGCGCCGUUCCGCCUCGAAGUCGCAGCCGCACCGUCGCUGCAAUUAAUUUCAGAUCCUGAACCGGCGGCCUCCUCGGCAAUUAAACGGGAAAUUAUAACGGCGCGCGAAUUAGGCGAUUUUUAUCCGGCCGAAAUUCAUUAACGCGCGUCGACUUCGAGACACGGGGACUCCGCGUUUCUGGCUCACCGGGCUAGGAAAUACGAGAUCGGGGCGCCUAACGACCCGCGUGGCGCGAAUUGCCAAGAUUUUUCGGAACAACUUCGACGAUGAAGUUCGCGCUUCUUUCAGUUUCUUAGAUUUUAACCAGUUUGCUGUGGCGCCUCCUUUUCAGAGCGAGAAUCAAGCGAUAGCGAGUAUACUCGUCA